AUGUUCGCUGUUGGGCUGUUGCUUUCAUCAAAUCCAGAAGCUGCAGGAGAUCUGGUGCAGGUUCCUAGCAUGCUAUUUCAAGGCUCUUUGCUUCUUGGGCUCAUUAGUAGAGGCACUCUUGGUUAUGCAGCAAUGCAUGCAGCGGCAGUUUCAAUUCAUCCUCUUGUGAUUGCUGGCUG